AUGGGUAAGUCAACAACAAUUGAUGCAUUUUUUAAAAGAAAAAUUAUUGAAGAUCAAAAGCACAAGGAAAGUGAUGCUACUCCAUCAUCUAUUCUUAGUGAGAGUUUGGUUGUUGAACCUCCCAUAAAAGUUCAAAGAGUUGAACUUGAAAAGAUUGAUAUUGCUUCUUUGGAGCGUGAUCCCGGUAAACGUCCACCUAUAUGGAGCUAUUCUCUUAAUCAAGAAGAUGAAAUUCGUCGAGUUUAUGUCAAUUGGGGGCCAUAUCAAGUUAAGCUUGAGAAUUACCCUUCAAGUGGUUCAAAGAAACAUGUUCGUCAUUUUUGUAGCUCUUGGUUUCAAUUGUUUCCAUCUUGGCUUGAAUAUUCUCCAUCAAUUGAUGCUACUUUUUGUCCUUCAUGCUAUCUAUUUAGUAAGCCAAAUGGACGAGUUGAAUUAAGUGCAUUUGUUCUUGGUGGCUUUAACAAUUGGAAGAAGGUCAAUAAUGGAGAUAAUUGUGCUUUCUUACGACAUGUGGGGAAAAGUCCUAACUCAUUUCACAGAAUUGCGGUAAAUGCAUGCAAUGAUUUGAUGAAUGCUUCUCAACACAUUGGAACUUUCAUUGAGAAACAAAGUUUUGAGCAAGUUGAGAUUAAUCGAUUAAGGCUUCAAGUUUCAAUUGAUGUAGUGCGAUGGCUUGCAUUUCAAGGUUGUGCCUAUCGAGGACGAGAUGAGAGUGAAAAAUCUCUUAAUCGUGGAAACUUUCAUCAACUUAUCAAGUUGUUGGCUUGUUAUAAUGAUAAGGUUGCAAAUGUUGUUCAAGAAAAUGCUCCAUCCAAUGCCUCCUAUACAUCUCCUGAAAUUCAAAAGGAGAUUCUUUAUAUAUUUUCCAAUAAGGUUGGAAAAGAAAUUUGCCAAGAGAUUGAAAAUUCAAAAUUUUGCAUUAUAGUUGAUGAAGCUUGUUGA